AUGUUUCACACAAACAUGUUUGAUUCUCACCAACACAUGCUUGACAUGUCAUCAACCCAUAAGACUUUCUGUGAGAGUGAUUUGGGAAAGGCAAGAGAUGAUGAGUACGAGAGCAAAUCUGGCACCGAGACCAUGGACGCUCAUUCCAGCGAUGACCAAGAGCCCAACCAACGUCCCAACAAGAAGGGGUACCACCGCCACACACAGCGCCAAAUUCAAGAAAUGGAAGCCUUCUUCCAGCAGUGUCCUCAUCCAGAUGACAAGCAAAGAAAAGAACUGAGCCGGGAACUUGGGCUAGAACCUUUGCAAGUUAAGUUUUGGUUCCAAAACAAGCGCACCCAGAUGAAAGCUCAACAUGAACGACAUGAGAAUACUAUUUUGAAAGCAGAGAAUGAGAAGCUUCGUGCCGAGAACAAUAGGUACAAGGAGGCCCUAACCAAUGCAACAUGUCCCAACUGUGGAGGCCCUGCUACUCUUGGCGAAAUGUCCUUCGACGAGCAACAUUUGAGGAUUGAGAAUGCUCGAUUAAGAGAAGAGAUUGAUAGGAUUUCAGGAAUUGCAACCAAAUACGUUGGAAAGCCCGUGACUUCGUAUUCAAACCUUUCAUCUCAUAAUAACAAUCACGUGCCUGUUGGUAACUACGGAGCACAGUCAGGGAUGGUAGGAGAAAUGUAUGGUGGUAGCGACCUUCUUAGGUCACUUCCAGCACCUGCUGAUGCUGACAAACCCAUGAUUGUGGAGCUCGCCGUUGCAGCAAUGGAGGAACUAACAAGAUUGGCUCAGGUGGGUGACCCUUUAUGGGUCCCCAACAACCACCGUACUGAGAUUCUUAAUGAAGAUGAAUAUUUGAGGUCUUUCCCUAGAGGAAUAGGUCCCAAGCAUGUGGGCUUAAGAUCUGAAGCUUCAAGAGAAUCCACUGUGGUUAUCAUGAAUCAUAUGAAUCUUGUCGAUAUCCUUAUGGAUGUGAACCAAUGGUCAACUGUGUUUUGCGGCAUUGUUUCGAGAGCGUUGACGCUUGAAGUGCUUUCAACUGGAGUCGCAGGAAACUACAACGGAGCCUUGCAAGUGAUGUCAGCUGAGUUCCAGGUACCUUCACCACUUGUUCCAACUCGUGAGAACUAUUUCGUAAGGUACUGUAAGCAGCACCCAGAUGGGAUAUGGGCCGUGGUGGAUGUUUCCUUGGAUAAUCUGCGACCCACCACAAUCUCGAGAAGCCGAAGAAGGCCCUCUGGUUGUUUAAUUCAAGAAUUACCAAAUGGAUACUCGAAGGUUACAUGGAUUGAACAUGUAGAAGUGGAUGAUAGAGCUGUGCAUAAUAUAUAUAAACCUCUUGUUAAUUCCGGGCUUGCCUUUGGUGCUAAACGCUGGGUGGCUACAUUAGAUAGACAAUGCGAACGUCUUGCCAGUUCAAUGGCCAAUUACAUACCUGCAGGGGACCUUUGUGUGAUAACGAGUCCUGAGGGAAGGAAAGGUAUGCUGAAGCUGGCGGAGAGAAUGGUGAUUAGCUAUUGUAGUGGAGUUGGUGCUUCUACAGCACAUGCUUGGACAACGCUAUCUGCAACUGGGUGCGAUGAUGUAAGGGUGAUGACCAGGAAGAGUACGGAUGACCCAGGAAGACCACCCGGUAUAGUGCUCUGUGCUGCCACUUCUUUCUGGCUUCCGGUUCCUCCAAAGAGGGUUUUUGAUUUCCUUCGUGAUGAAAACUCUAGAAAUGAGUGGGACAUUCUCUCCAAUGGAGGUUUAGUUCAAGAAAUGGCACACAUAGCAAAUGGCCGUGAUCCUGGCAACUCUGUCUCUUUACUUCGAGUCAAUGGUACAAAUUCGAGCCAAAGUAAUAUGCUGAUACUUCAAGAGAGUUGCACUGAUUCUACCGGCUCAUAUGUAGUUUAUGCUCCUGUUGAUAUCGUUGCCAUGAAUGUAGUAUUGAGUGGAGGGGAUCCAGAUUAUGUUGCCCUGCUUCCCUCGGGCUUUGCUAUUCUUCCUGAUGGGCCUGGAUCAAACGGAGGAGCAGUACUUGAUGUUGGAUCUGGAGGUUCUCUGCUUACAGUUGCAUUUCAGAUCUUAGUUGAUUCAGCCCCAACAGCAAAGCUAUCUCUAGGUUCAGUGGCCACUGUUAACAGUUUAAUUAAGUGCACAGUUGAAAGGAUCAAAGUUGCAGUCAUACGAGACGGCACCUAAUUUCAGAAGCUUCACAUGACAGAACAAAGAUAGACACAGAUGACAAGGUCGGAGUGGUACCAACUUAGUUUUCAAGACGGGGAACAAGUCAAUG